AUGACCAAAGUGGAUGCCCCUCCAGCCUAUGAGGAGGCCCUGCACAGUCCAAAGUAUGGGAACUUCCCCGAGCAGCCACAGUACGGCUUCGCUGCGCCGCCGCCGCCAGCCUACAGCCCCAGUCCUGGCGUCUGCCCCGGCCAGCCUGGGCGCUGGGGCCAGGCGAGCGCCUACCCCCAGGCUGGCAUGAGAGAGGGCCCUGGCUUUCCUCCAUCUGGGAUGCCCACCAUAAUACCGACUCUGUCUGGUGGAGUGCCUCCGUCCAACCCAGGAGACAUGGAUGAUUUUUUGAGCAGCCAGUGGGAGCACACAUCUGUCCGGCAUGCCUUCAUCAGGAAAGUUUACUUAAUUUUGGCUGCUCAGCUUUCUGUCACCAUUUCAAUUGUAGCCGUCUUUACGUUUGUUGAGCCGGUGAGGGUGUUUGUCAUCAGAAACCCUGCAAUCUACUGGACGUCUUUUGCGGUUUAUUUUGUGGUUUACUGUGUUCUCGUCUGUUGCAAAGAGCCAAGGAGGCGCUUUCCGUGGAAUCUUCUGCUACUGUCAAUAUUUACUCUUGCCAUGUCCUUCUUGACUGGAACAAUUGCGAGCUACUAUGACACCAAAGCGGUGUUUAUUGCCAUUGGAAUAACAGCGGUUGUUUGUGUGGCUGUCACAAUCUUCUGCUUCCAAACCAAGGUGGAUUUCACCUCCUGCGGCGGACUUCUCUGUAUUCUUGCUGUUUUGCUCAUGAUCAUCGGGAUGGUCACAACCAUCGUCCUCUGCUUCCAAUAUGUCCCUUGGCUUCAUAUGCUCUAUGCUGCGCUUGGAGCCAUUGUUUACACUCUGUUUUUAGCGUACAACACCCAGCUCCUCAUCGGAAACCGAGAGCUGGCCAUCAGUCCGGAGGAGUACGUCUACGGGGCCCUUUCUCUCUACAUCGACAUCGUCCAGAUGUUCCUCUUCAUCCUCCAGAUCUGUGGAGCCGCCACGGACUGAGUGCAGCAUCACGCACAACUGGUCUUAAGUCAGUUUGCCCUGUAAUGUGUUUGAUAUUUCACGAUACCCACGAAUAAGCAUGAAAACUGGAAUGUGUUGUGGCCAGUUAAGAAUAGUGAGAAUCAGAUCUAUAUGCUAUAUUUUUU